UGGUACCAGCGUGGUGACAGAGCCCGCUGGUGAGGUCGAGCCGUCGACGGUCUUGCGGGUCGCAUCGAUGUCUGCCUGCGUCAGAUCGAGCUGCCACGAGAGGCCCCGCAGCUCCGCCGAGAUCUGGUUGUUGAAGGCGAUCUGCGCCUUGAGUUGCUUGUCGCGGAGAGCGGUUUGCUCGUCGAGCUUGGUGAGGAGGGAGUCGAGCAUCUUCGCGAUGUGGGCGUUCCCUUCCUCCAUGGCUUCCAGGACUUGCCGCGUCGCAACGGAGGGCUUCGAGGGCGCCGUUGCUCCUGCCUGAAAGGGGAUCGAACCCCGCGACGGAUUUUUGGCGAGAUCCGGCGAGCGGACUCGCACCGUGCGCGGUGGAUGUUACCGAUCCACCUCCCAAGCUUCAGAAGGUGCAGCGGCGGCGAGGGGGAAAUUUCUUUUGGCUCUGAAUACCAAUGUAACGCCCCUGAUCGGAGAGGGGAUCGGCGAUCUAGAGUAGGUGAGAGGGAGCAGGUGAGGAAGGGGAUGAGCUUGGAGAAGGGGGUUAGGAUUGUAGAGGAAGGUUUGGAUACAGAAAAUGAUCUACACACGCAUGCCUCCACACGGCCACAGGCGGCCACCCUUAACGCACCCACGCCUCCACUUGGCAGGCCAGCUGGCUGGGCCCGCCAGCCAGCACCUAGGCACACUAAUCAGCUGAUUAGGUGUGACAUGCAGUGACUUGGCAGGUCUUGUGCUUCUACUCACAGACAGUGGCGGCCCCACGGAAGUCUUGCUGCGUGUCGCUCUCCGCGUUCUACAGUAGCGUGAUCGUGGAGUGUCAGCGUUGCAUCUGCGGCGCCUGCCCAGUGACUUCCAUGGCGCCGCAGUGCAAGGGACCCAAGGCCGAGCCUGCUGUCCGAUGCACUGGGCACAUGUGCCCAAUCCAGGUGCACUGGCACAUCAAGAAGAGCUACCGGGAGUACUGGCGUGUGAAGAUGACUGUUAACAACUUCAACACGCUGAAGAACUUUAGUGACUGGAACCUGCUAGUGCAGCACCCCGGUAUGCAGAACCUGACAAAAGUCUUCAGCUUCAACCACCACCCGCUAGUCCAGUAUGGCACAAUAAGUCGAUUGAUUCUGCAAGGGGCUCGUGCUCAAGCAGACACGCAGGGAGUUGUGGUGGUUCGGCGAGCGCAGUGGUCUUGCAUGUGGAGGUCCGACGCGAUGCGUCUGCAUUGGAUUUGGCAGCUCCGACAAUGGCUUCGGGCGCCGCUGGUGUGUGGAGGUUCUUUGCAUGUGGUGGUGAGGGAGGGGGCGAUGAAGCCCCGGCAGCCUGGCUCGAAGGCCCGGGACCACGCUAGUUCGGCCUCAUGGGUCAGAGCAGACAGGUGCGAGUGUGGUGGAUCUGGUGUCUUCAGUCUUCAGCAUCCAUAUAGUUUCCUGCAUCGACAUGUCUCAUGCAAGGCUGAGGCCAGGAACCACGACGGUUCUUAGAGCAACUCCAACGCGUCGACGUAAACUGUCCGCGAGUGUCCGUUUGGAUAGAAAGGGAUGAAAAUGACGGGCCAACACACGGAAGCAAACGGAUGAAUGUCCGUGUUUUGUUUGCACGACACCCGUUUCAAGCCCAAAUUUGAGCCGGGUUUGCGUCGGAGCGAAUGCGCGCGACGUCCACCCUUCUCCUCCCAAUGGCCCGCCAGUCGGUGGCACAUCUAGCCCCAUUUCACCCCCUUUCCCAAAUCCCUCCCGCCCGCUCACUCCCCCGCCCGCUCGCCAUGGACGGCGCGUCGAACCCCGACGCCGCCGCUGGCCUCGCCUCCACCGUCGAUAAGCCCCACAUCGUCCGCUACAUAUAGUUGCCUCUCUUUUAUCAAAUACUAAUUACACUCACUUAGUAGCUUCAGUGGGAGUUAUGUGAGAUGGUCAUGGAAGUAAUUCAAGGGGAAGCAUUUUCAUGAGUAUUGUUAAGGUUGAAGAUGGUUUUUCAGGCAUCGUCAUUAAGAAAUCAGAUGGUCUUUCCAAACGACCAGUGCUCAGAACAUACUCUAUUUGGAUCAAACUGGAGGCCUUUGGACGUCAUGAUUGACUAGCAGACGAGACAUACACAUGCACAACACACAUGAUCCAUGCACUGGCCCCUGAUUGGCCUGUUUAAAGAUUGAUUGAUCCAUGCAUGUUCAAGUAUGUACCCAUCACCUGCUACUAGACCGAUUAGAGGGAAAGCAUAAACGACAAGAGACUAUAUUUUUUAUUCCUGCUAACAAA